GGCGGACACCCCCUAGUGGCGGCAGGCGAUAACCACACCAGGUUGUGACAGAGAGGGAGGAAAAUGGGUGGACGGAAAGUCCCCGAGUGGAAAUCCCCUUGACUCGGGCUUUUCCUUUUCCUUUUUUUCCCCCCCUUACACAACUUACUCUAGUUUUUUGAACGGCUUCGCGGACUGCGGACGCCAGAUAGAGCUGAUUGUGGAGGAGGGAACAAGAGGGGUUGAAUGGCGCCGAGUAACGCUGCGGUGAGGCUGAGUGAAGUGCCAGAGAGAGGACUAGCCUGAGCAUCCGGGAGGGCUUUGUUGUUAUCCCCACACAUCGCACAGUUUGCACUUUCAGUCUCCGGCGGCUGCUGCGCCUUUGUUCAUCCUGCCUCCCCUACUCUCCGUCCACCUGGUCCACCAUGUCGCAGGGGCAGAACUUCCUUCCCAAAUUCCUGUUUGUCUCCAACCUGCUGAAGGCGGUGAAGAUUCGCCAACGAGUGCCCAAUGACGUGGUGAAGCCGACGUCCAGUGGUGGGCUGAUGCACCACCUGCGGGGGAUGCACCGCUACACGCUGGAGAUGAUCGCCAUGAACCACUUCCCCCAGGCCUUCAGGGAGGUGGUCCAGGCCGCCAUCCUGGACCGUGCCAUGCAGGCAUCACUGGAGCAGGAGAAGAAACUCAACUGGUGUCGGGAGGUGAAAAAGAUGGUGCCUUUAAGAACCAAUGGAGAUGGGAACUGUUUGCUCCAUGCUGCUUCCCAGUACAUGUUGGGAGUCCAGGACACUGACCUGGUGCUUCGAAAAGCCCUCCACGGUGUUUUGAAGGAGUCGGACACUGGCGUGUUUCGAGCGAGAUUCCAGGCGGAGCUGAUCCAGUCACAGGAGUUCACGCAGACUGGUUUGAGAUACACCACGACGAACUGGGAAGAGGAGUGGGACAAGAUAGUGAAGAUGGCCUCCCCUGUCUCAAGUAGCAAUGGCCUCCAGUUUGACUCCCUAGAGGACAUUCACAUCUUUGUCCUGUCCAACAUUCUUCGUAGACCCAUCAUUGUCAUCGCAGACCAAGUGCUGCGGAGUAUGAAAUCCGGCUCCUCCAUCUCCCCUCUGAACGUAGGUGGGAUUUAUCUGCCUCUACACUGGCCGCCCACUGAAUGCUACAAAUAUCCGAUUGUGCUUGGAUACGACUCGCAACACUUCGCCCCUCUCAUCACGAUCAAAGACAGCGGGCCAGAGAUCCGAGCGGUUCCGCUCAUCAACCCGGGGCGGGGGGGCUUCGAGGAGCUGAAAGUGCACUUCCUGAUGGAGAAGGAGCAGCAGCAGAAGGAGCGGCUUCUGAAGGAGUACCUGCUUUUGAUAGAGAUCCCGGUCAUCGGUCUGGGCUAUGAUGCGACCAGGAUCGUCAAUGCUGCACGCCUGGACGAGGGAAACCUGCCGGAGGACAUGAACCUGAUGGAGGACUACCUGCAGCUGGUUAACCACGAGUACCAACGCUGGCAGGAGGACAAGGAGCAGGCGUGGGCUGCCCAACCGCAGCGCCCUCCACCCUUCUCAGUCUCUCAGCUGUCACUCAUCGAGAUCCGCUGCGCCACACCCAGAUGCACCUUCUACGUGUCCGUGGACACUCAACCUCAUUGCCAUGAAUGUUUCGAGAAGCGGCAGGCCACGACGGGAGUGGGAGCGAGGAUAGAAGGGGUUGUGCAGACCAAGGGGGGAGGGGUUCAAGGUGGAAUCGGGGUGAUAAGUGGAUCGGAGCCUGAAGUGAACUCCAGAGGAACCCGAGGCAGCAGCCCGCCAUCCUCGUCGCUGGGCCGAGGGGUCAUUUUGUCCAGUCCGCGCUCUGCGCCGCCAACAGCGCCCAGCCUCAGUUUGUACAGCGAGACUCACGCAAUGAAGUGCAAGACCCCCGGAUGCCUCUUCACGCUGAGCGUGGAGCACGACGGACUAUGCGAGCGAUGCUUCAACUCCAGACAAAACCAUGGACCUCCUGGAGCUGGAGCGGCAGCUACUGGACUCCCUGGCCCCAAUGGGGGACCGAUUGCACCACAGCCGACCCAAGGUUCAGCUUGGACCCAAUGGGGGGGUCAUGGGGGAGAGACGGAGCGGUGCAGUAUGUGUAGACAAGAGUCAUUCAGGAUAUUUAAUGGACUGUGUCCGCCGUGCAUGCAGAGACAGCAGGCUCCAGAGAGAGGAGAGCAGCAGCCCAACAACACAAGAACUGAGGCCUCGUCUUCAAACUGGAGCCAAACCAGAGACCCUGAGAGGCCGUGCCUCACCCUCACACCCGGACACAACUCAGCGUGGCAGGCCCCUUUGGCCCGGCCGUGUAAAAGAUCUGGCUGCCAGUUUUUUGGAACUCCUGAGAAAUUGGGUUUCUGCACUAUUUGCUACGUAGACUAUCAGACCAAUCACCACCUAACACCUCCUCCCCCACCGGUCCAGACCCGCCACGGCUUGGAGGCAGGCUUCCAAAAUGCGACCCGGUGUCGCGGGCCUGGGUGCGGUGCGGUCGGGAAGGCCAUGCUGGAGGGAUACUGUGACAAGUGUUACGUUAAAGAGCAAAGUGCUCGGCUCAAUCAAGUGGCACAUCGCACACCACAUUCCCCUCCUCCGGUCGUGCGGGAAAGAGCAACCAAACCCAGAUCAACGCAGCAAUCCCAGACCCAGACCCAGACCCAGACUCAGACACAGUGCCGGCGAAGUGGCUGCAGCAAUGUCUCGCCGGGUUGCACAGACCUCUGUCCGGAGUGCCACACUCGCGGGCAGGGCAGGGAGGCGGGCCGACGGGCGCAGGCGCCCAAGGAGAAGUCGAAGCAGCGGUGUCGGACGCAAGGCUGCGACCAUUACGCCAACCAAGAGAAACAGGGCUACUGCAACGAGUGCGACCAUUUCAAGCAGAUCUACCGCGGCUGAGCGCCCACUUGCCGCUGCCACAGUGACACUUUGCUAGCACGCUUGAGCUGCCGCUCUGCUGCCAGAGUUCCAUGCCACUCAAUGCACCUCUGACAUUAACACACCAACUAUCUAGUGACUUACUAGUAACCUUAUGGCCUGAAAAUCAAACCCUCCAUGUAGAAUGUGAAGAGAGCGUGUGUGUACAUGGGGGGAGUGAGUGACUGCGUGUGAGUGUGUGUCUGCAGUAGUCAUGGCCUACAGAAUACCUCUUUGUGCAAUUAUUAUCAUCUGCUGUGCUUUGUGCACGUACACGGUGAGAGGUUCGGCCACACGUCGGAGCAACUUGCUAAACUCUUGUGUACAAUAUGUAUUUAGAGGUGCGAUGUGGAUCGUGCCGGACAAGAUGAUUGUAUGUCGACAUGAGAAGCAUCUGUAAUUGCUUUCUAGACCACAGCCAAGGAUUUUUAACCCCCGUCUGUCUCUUGUCAACCUGUCUGUGUGCCUGUCUGUCUGGCAGUCGUUCUGUACAAGUCUGGGGUGCAGUUGUCGGGGAAAGUCCAGUCUCAGAUAAACAGAAGCAGGAUGCAGAAGUGAGACAGGAACCAGGUGUAAACCGCGUGUGUGACAGCACGUCGUUGGCCAUCACAAUUGGUUGAAUUUGUUCCUCUUAAUUUAAAUUGAAUUAUUUUAUGUGAUUGGCUUUGAACCAACAUAAGGUGUGUGAGGGCAAUGCACAAGGUAUGAGGAAGUUUGAAUGUCAAUAUUAACUCAGUCAUGUAACAGUAAGUUAAAAAAAAAAAACUCCAUGUGAAUUAGCUCUUUAUUCCUUACAUGAAUUAAACAUACUAUUUUGGCUUCCAUAUUCACAACAUAAACCUAAACUUUUGUUGUUGAAUAUUGACAUUUAAACUUCUAUUAGUCAUACGACAAGAAACUUGGAGUUUUGACCCGCUAAAACCUGCGCUGAUCAAGCAAAUCUGUUGCUGUAGAAAUAUGAGAUUAAACGGUGCAAGACAGACAGGGCUGGCCCCCAGCUGGUUCUGGUGCUACAUGUACAGAAACACAAGCCUCUCCAUUGUAGCCAACACAGUCUUGACUGCAGACAGAUAUUCCAGUUGUCUCUCUCUCUCCGUCCUUUCAUUUCCCUUCCAAAACUGAUCUGUUGCCUUGGACCUUGUUUUCUAGUUCAGAAACCGCCUAAGCACCUAGCCGUUGACACACUUGCAUACACUGUUUCAGUUCUCUCCAAAUUGCUAACAAUAGGAAGAACAUAAUGACAGGUGCAGCCAGACUGGAACGUUUUCCACAUCAACACAGCAAACACGCACACAUAAACACAGCUCUUUGAGAUUGUUUGUGCCGCACCCUAGCCUGAGGCGACGCAGGUAAACCACCACACUGGAUUUGCUGCACACAGCAAUCUGUUCGCCUGCACUGGCUAAUCUUUAUCUGAAUGUGUUUCUGUGCUUCAACAGCACAUAUUUGGGGCUGAUCCUCCAUAUAUUUUGCCUUUUAAGAAGUGAUUUUUAUGGACCAGUGGAGCCUGAUCGUGAGUCAGACUCCCCUUAUUUUGUGUGACUAUGGAUCUCGGUCCAUGCUCUUGGACCUUCCAACCCGAUGCCUCAUCUCCAACAGAACCCUGCACAUGUGUGCAUUGGAAAACUGACAUUCCUGUUUUUAUUUGCCUGGGAUUUUUUAAUCGUAUUUUAAUAUAGUUGUUUUUGGUUUCUGACAAAAAAAAACACACAAAAAAAGGAGCAACUAUAUAUACACGUGCCAUCAAACAUUAUUGUUACCUCGGACCAGCCUGGACCAUACUGAACUAUAUGCCAGAUGUCAACUAGUAGCAUUAAGAUUGAAGGUUAUGACCUGUGUUCUCGUAUAGUUCGGGCUCACAGAGGGGGAUUGCUGCUCUGAAGCUGCGUUCGAUUUGGCUCAGAAGUCUUCAUUUUGGCGCUAAGAGUUGGAGAGGGCUUUGACCUUCUUUCAAUAUGUAUAUCAGGCGUCGGCUGCUAUGAACUAGGAGGGGAGUGCUUAAAAAAAAAAAGCCUUUUCUGUUGUCAUUUCUGAAGUAGUAACCUGACAAACACCGAUUCGUGUGUUUCCAUUUCCAAGAGGCAGAAUCCGACCGUGCAAUGCCUUAAAGCAGACGACCUACAGCAUAUCAUCUUAUAGUUUUGAGUCCAUAGAUGACUUCUGAGCACAAAGAGCGUAGCGUUUACCAACCACCAAGCUCAACCCCUGGACCCUGUGUUGACGAAUCGGGAACUGCCUCAAUCAUCUACAAUCUUUUCUAACUAUUGCUCAUCUAGUCUGUUCUAAUGGGUGACAUUUUCUGUACUGAACUACACAAGUGUAUGGACUGGAUUCUGGACAGGAAGGAAAUCAUAGAGCUCUGUUUGAGUUUCUUUCAACUGAAUCGAGAAUCGUCCGGCUGGACUCGCCAGUCCGCGCAUAGAUCUGCUUUAAUCACCUCCAGACAAACCUUAACCAAUCGAAGACCAGCUCGUGGUCAUCUCACUAUCAAGGUUUCUGAAUUUUGGGUUUGGCUUAAGUUGCACAUGUCGAAGCUGCUGCGAGGCAUUUUGGGAAUGAUACUAGACUUGUUAAGGGACUUUCAAGCAGAGGGUGUAACAAAACAUGCAAGAGUGCGGAGGUUCCGUCGUGCAACCUUUCAGCAGUAUUGUAUGAAAAAAGCCUGGUUUUCUUUGUCUAGUAUUUAUUCAUAUCAAAAUAUCUGUAUUGUGUCAUUCAAUAAUUAUUUAUAUGUUGUCCUGAAAUGAAUUAUUUUAUUAAGAAAUCUGAAA